GCGACGCCGGCAGCCGGGCUGGGCCCUGUCGCCGCUCGCGGCCGCUCUCGCCGGCGUCGAGGGCGUGGCGGCCAGGCUGCGGGCUGCCGGCGCCGCUCCGACCGUACCCCGCCCGCGCCUCGCCGCCCGCCGUCCGCCUCCCGGCGCGUCUCCCCGGCUCUGCUCGUCGCGGCGCCCGGUUCCGCGUAGCCCGUCGGGCCGCGCGGCCUCUCCCCUGCCCGCCCGCCGCGGCCAAGUGCGCAGGAUCAGUUUUGUCACAAGGCUUGUUGUAGCAGAGCAGAUGGUCGUGCUACUUGGAGUUUUCCACUCGUUUGAUGAUUCCGUGAAGAAACAGUUUGCCAGAAGUCAGCCACAGCUACGAUUGUGCUGGAGAUGAUGCUAAAUCCUGAUUAGCAUGGGCUGUUGCUUACAGAAGCUGGAGGAUAUUGGUUAGCCCUUUCUGUGGAACCAGUCAGUAUUCCCCCAGUAGAUGCCUGGUAGACAUCUUAGAACUUUAAAAACAGAGAAGACCUGCUUUUAGGGGAAAAUUCUGAGGGACACUAUGAAAUCUUGGAAUGACAGCCAGUCCGAUCUCUGUAGCAGUGACCAAGAAGAGGAAGAAGAGAUGGUUUUUGGUGAAAAUGAAGAUGAUUUGGAGGAGAUGAUGGAUUUAAGUGACCUGCCUACCUCGCUUUUUGCUUGCAGCGUCCAUGAAGCAGUGUUUGAGGUGCAAGAGCAGAAGGAGAGAUUCGAAGCACUGUUCACCGUCUACGAUGACCAAGUUACAUUUCAGUUGUUUAAAAGCUUUAGAAGAGUCAGAAUAAAUUUCAGCAAACCGGAAGCAGCAGCCAGGGCUCGGAUAGAACUCCACGAGACAGACUUCAACGGGAGGAAGCUGAAGCUGUAUUUUGCACAGGUGCAGGUGUCCGGUGAAACACGGGACAAAUCGUAUUUACUGCCGCCCCAGCCGGCCAAGCAGUUCCUCAUCUCGCCCCCAGCGUCCCCUCCAGUGGGGUGGAAGCAGGGCGAAGACGCGAUGCCUGUUAUCAAUUACGAUUUACUCUGCGCCGUUUCCAAACUCGGACCAGGAGAGAAAUACGAACUUCACGCAGGAACGGAGUCGACGCCAAGCGUGGUGGUCCACGUCUGUGAGAGUGAGACUGAAGAGGAAGAAGAAACAAAAAACCCCAAACAGAAAAUUACCCAGACGCGGCGCCCCGACCCUCCAGCCGCGGCGCUGAGCGCCCCCCAGACCCUCGCGCGUGCGCUGUGAGGCCGCGGCGGCGCGGCGGGCAGGUGCCUGCGUCUGCGGGCGUGGAGGCGGGGCUGGAGGCGGGCGUGGAGGUCCUGCCUCCCUGCCCGGCGCCGCUGCGGACAGUGUGGCGAGGCCGGGGCUAAGGAAGGGCAGUGUGUUGUCCCCAAGCCUGCACUGUGGGCGUGCUUGUGUAGAGGAGCAGCUGAUCGUGCCUGUUCACGGUUGUAACUGAGAUUCUGAACAGCACUUUAAAGAAUUAUCCCCAACAUGCGGCAACUCUUGACCAUUUUUAAACAGCAAAUUAGGAAAAUGGCUCCCUCCAGCAAUGUUAAUUUUCCUGAUUCCGUGUAGCAGGGGUACCCAGAAACUACAGCUAUAGUCAUUGAGUGCAGUACCGUUUUUAUGAAUUUAAAAAUAGUCUCACAAUUUUAAUAAUUUAGUGUGGGUAUUUUUGUACUGGUAUAAUAGCUUCUAACUAAUCUCUUGAUGAAAGGUUGAUUGUUAUUCAGUAUACAUGAAAUUUUUUGCACGAAAAGAAACCUGAAAUAUAGAAUAAUUCGUAGAAAAUCAAUUUUCUCAAGUAUUUUUUUCUUUACCUUUGGGGAGGAAAUGCCAAAUUCCCUUUGACUGUCAGAAUCAAGUGGCGCAAACCUGUGUGCAUGUCCUUCUCUUUCUUCCCUGGAAAUUGGAGGAGAGUAAUGCAGGCUGUUGUCUCUCCUAGAGAAAGAACUGCUACUUUGGAAGUGGGACGUGUCACCGGUAAGCUUGCCUGGUUACGACCUCAGGUGGCUGCUGCGGUCUGCCAUUUGUGACCGUGUCCUAGCCUAGAGCGUACCAAACUGUCUUCAGCCGCCAGUUGAGUUUUUCUACGCUAUACAUAAUUGUGUGUAUCAUUUAUAGACUUUGAAUUAGAAAGGUGAUGAUAAGAUUUUCUGAAGACCGUUUUAAGAUUGUCCAUUUAAACGUUUGUCAGCUUGCUUUGAAAGAAAAGUCGCAUAUAGUCUACCUCUAUGAAUUAGGGAAAGAUGGGGGAGACCGUUUAGUCAAUCCAGACUUUCUUUUUGGUGGAAUAUUUUACUCUGCCUUCCAGGUGGCAUUUUUCCUUAAAACAAUUGUUUCUCACCUAUGUUUCAGAGUGUGUAUUUGAACUGGGUAAAGUAGAAGCAAGCGUCUUUUUAACUCUUCAUGGUCUGGUCAGACUUUGAAGUCCUUUUCAUGGGAGCACCUCAGAGCUGAGCGCACUGUGCUUUUGGUCCGGCCACUCCGCUGAUUCUCUGCUCGCUUUGCUGGCAGGUCUCUGGAGCUCCUUGCUGUGUCUGGGAAGGGGUUACCCGUGAGUCUGGACUAAGAAACCACUAUGGCUGCCCCUACAAAGACAGAAAAAUGCAGAAGUUCAGGCCAUGAGGCCUGUACAUUUUUGAUAACAUGUUGUGGUUUAGAUGUUCUUAUUAUGGUAGAAUUUACUUCUGAGGACUUAAACUAUAUCGCAAAAAAAAGUCUUCUGUGUUUCCCUUGCCCUCAAAUACUCUGAUGUGGUGAACUUCUAUUUAUAUGUACCCACCACUGCUAAGUCUCAAUGUAAAUUCAGUUGAAAUUUGUCAUUCCAUAAGCAAUUUAUUGAAUUCAGAUCGUCAUUUGGCAAUUUAACUGACAGCCACUUAGUAAAUUUAUUUUGCAGUUUGAAAUUCAGCAUUUUGCCAGUUUUUAAUCUUAUCUGUUUGCACUAACUUAUCAUUGCAGAAUGGACCCUGUAAGUCAGGAAAUGUAUUCAUUUUCCAGUGUAUGCAUUUCGGUGGGAAUUUUUGAAUGUCCUUUUAGGUAAUAUUUAUUCACUAUAAUUUUCUAAGUGAUCAAAAUUCAUGAUGUUUUAUUAUUUGGCUUAGCUUUCAUUCUCUGCCUUCCAAUUGAAUAAUAUUCUAUCCCUAACAUAAAAUUAUUUUUUACAGUCAAACAAUGCAAAUUACCCAAGUUUUUCUUUUUCUCUGUUCUUUUUUUUGAGAGUAUUGAAGACAAACUUAAACCAAAAUUAAAUAUAUAUUAAAUUAGAUAUAUACACAUAUAUAUGUGUAUAUGUAUAUAUAACUUUUCUGAAUGGAGAACAUUAAUAUUUGCAUUCUUUCUAGUGUAAUAUUUCCAAAAGGUGAACUCUAAAAGAAAAACUACCAAAUGCCUAUUAACUUUUUAAUAUUGUGAAAUCAACCAAGAUCUCAGCAGGUAUUAUGGUCUCUCCUUUUUGGCUAUUUUAUAUCCAGUUCUUGUACCCAUCUUACAAGAGAUGAGUGUUGUGUAUCUUUUGUUUUUUAGUUCCUUUUAAUAAGUUUAUAUUUUUUUCUUCUUUGGAAUUGUGUUAGUAGAUUUAACUCUGAUAGUAUAGUAGCCAUUUUUCUUCAGAAAUCAUAGCCUCUUCUUGGGAAUCAAAUUAUUUAGAAAAUUGAGAGGAAAGAAAACAGUGCUUUGUGUUAGGAAAAAAACAUUUGUGAGGGAUAGGAAAAUCAUAACCUUUAAUAAGGAUGGUGGACAGGUCCUGUGAUGCAUUGGCUUGUGUGUUCCAGGUUCUUUCACCUGAUGGAACCAGAAAUAAAUCCAUUUACAAAGUGUAGUGGUGUGAGCAUCUGCUAGCCUAAGGUGCUAAGAGGCAGACAUGGUGAGAGCAGUCCCCUCGCUUGGAGAGCUGAAGAACAGGUGGGAAGCGAAGUCGUCUUUUCACAUUCUCCUUCUUCAAAAUUUUAUAUACUAAAGCCUGUCAAUGAUUAAGAGCCAAAGAGAAGCUGCUAGGAACUUUAAGUUCAACAUAAAGGUUUAAAUAGAACAUGGUGGGUUAUGGCACGUUUGAAUGAGAGACACCGGGAGGCAGAGGUCAGGCACAGCACUUUUCAUUCUUUUAGGAAAGUUGUUUUUGGUUCCCAUUCACAUUACUUUCAUCUUUUAAGAAUGUGAUAUAAAGUGAAAAGAUUUUAUUUUCUCAAUCUCAAUUACAGAGGCAAGGGCGACUUUGGAAAUCAUAUAGUGUUUAAUCCUCAUGUUACUCAAAUUAGAAAACUACGGUGAUGCCACUGGUUUCGAAGCCACAGAAAGGCUGCCCCAGGACUAGAAUUGGUGCCCCCCACUCCCAUGCUGGUGCUUUGUCUACUUUUUCUUGCACUGGCUCUAAAAGACAGUCAGAAGCAAUGAAUCCCUAUAAUAAGAAAACAAACAAAAAAGAGGGAAAAAAUUCUUUUAGCCUGAUGGGGAUAUAACGAGUAAGGAAAAUCUCAUCUGAUGAAGGCAGUGAUUUAGUAAUUUUAAUUAAUGUAUUUGAGGUUCCACGUUUUGUGUUUUUAUCAUUGUACCAUAGGGAUUGGAAUCCACUUAAAUAAUGUUAUCUUGGUAGCCAGCAGUUGAGUUGACAUUUUAUAUGGGCUGUCCUAGAUUUUAAUAGUAGUGAGAGUAAGAUGUAAACGGUCAUCCUGAGAUGGGACUGUAAUGAAGCAGCGUGAGAUCUAAUACGGUUUGGAAAUAGUUCACGAUGGAGUGACCCUCUCCCUCCGUGCUUGUGAGACAGACUCCUGUUAAAGAUCGAAGACUGCCGUGUGCUUCGUAGUUUUAUAUGGACUCUUUCACAGACCAUGGCUUUAUUGCUCAAGGGAAAAAUGUCAAACGCCGUUGAGUACCGGGAGAUGUGCGGGAUUCUUCGGUGCGUCAGGUUCGCCGUGCGCUGGGUCCCUCCCUCUUCUCCAGUGCCCUGUACUCCGUGCCUGUUGGACAGGCGAGCUUGGUCCACCCUUCCUUUUCCUUCCCAUGGGCUCCUUUUCUGCACAUUUGUGUUUACAUCUUCCUGUAUGAAAGGAAACAAAUUACUUAUAUAAUAAGUGUGACAACAUAACGGAACGAAAGACUUACUGUGACAACAUCAUAAAACAAAAGACUUAGGGAAAUAGUUGUGUCCCAGCUGGGGAGGUAAGUCCACGCCGUAGAAGCUCACCUUUUAAACAGGUACAUAAAUUUAAAGACUAAGAUUUAUGAACCUUGCCCAAGAAUUUGAUAAAUACUCAUUUGCUUUUUAAACUCCCCUUGGAGUGUGGGUCGGCCGGAACAUCUUCAGUGGAAUGCUAUUGUUUUCUUUAAUCAUGAAUCAGGGGAAAUGUUAAUCAUUUGGAGAGUCUUGUUAUUGUUACCCAGUAUACAAGCAACAAAGCCACUGAAGAUUGCAACGGCUGCUAGGGUCACUGACCAAAAAGAUUGUAAUAAAAAGGGUUGUGUUCAAAAUAGACGUUUCCAGCCAAGGUUAAGAGGAACUAACCUUGGGCCAGAGUCAAAGUGUCUCUGCCCACUUAAUCAACAGUGUGAAGACCUUUUACCAAGUCCGCCGUGUGGUCUGUCUUGCAAAUCUGCAUUUCCUUUUGAAACAAAAUCGUGUCCUGCAAACCCUUGAAACUCCUGCAUCGCUUUGACUGAAUGUUCAUUCUUGUCGUGAUGGAAGAUUUCUAUCUAUGCAGAUAAUCUGUGUUUUCUGUAUUGUUUUCUAUUUAGUCCCCAAUCUUCCUGACUUGAACUGGGGACUGAGGAGAGAGAAGGUGGCUCAUCUGUCAUUGUGCCAUACUCUUCCCACUGCUGCUCAGCCCGAAGUGGGGGCCCCAGUGCGUGUAGAGUUCCAUCUCUGUUGUCCUGUGCGCAUCCUCCGAGUAAGAAAAGUUUCUCCAUCAUUUCUCUUCUAUCUUAAUUGAACUUAUUAUGUUAUCUGAACAUGUUUGUGAUCUUGAAUUAUAUUUGGGGCAUGUUACCUUUCUGGUACUAUAAACUGUAGUGAAUAUUCAUUGUACUUCCAGAAACUGGUCAGUAAUUAACAUGUAUGUAUUCCAUAUUUUAGUGUGCUUGAAGUGGCAAUCCAUAGUUUGUAGUAGUUUGUUAUUUGUCAACUUUGGCUAUUCUCUGUUUUGAGGACAUUUAAACAUUCCUUGUCCUAUCAAGGUGACAAAAGCAGAAUGUAAUUUUUUUGGAAUUUUCGUGAUUAAUUGUAACAAGUUUUGUUUUUAAAGCUAAUAAAAAUAAAGUAAG